GUUGAGCUAAGCCUUUAAAUACAUGAACAGACCAAGAAACAAAUAAAAAAGUUGGAUAAUUAUUACAAUAUUCUUUGACCCUAAUUUGUUAAAAGUGAAAGAUUUAAAUUUAAUAUUUGAAAACAAAGUUCUUGAACUAGUUUCGUAUAAUUCUGUCUGCAUUGACGACUAACAUGAAUAGGCUGCAUGGCGUUCUAUUGUGGAUUGUCCUAUUCGAAGUGUGUGUUCUCUCUAAUGCUAAUUUUAGGUCUGGUGUUUUAAGAAUUGUAAGUAAUUUCACCAACAAACUGGUUACCACGGAGACCAAUGUUAUUGACAGGAAAUACAACAUUACAUCACUGAUCUGGUGUGCUGUUCUGUGUUUCAGCAACGAAAAGUGUGUCUCGUUAUUCUUUCUAUCGGACACUCACGUCUGCCAACUACACAACGUUCUAUUCGUGGACACCACUGAUGCAGACGACAGGCCAGACACUAAGUACUUUCAGAUUACAGAAGAUUGGUGUCCGUAUGACAAGGGUUACGUGGUGUACAGACCGCUGGCUUUGUGCUACAAGAUUCACGAGGACGAGGUGGCUCAAGCACAAGCCAAACUAACCUGUCAAGAUGAAGGAGGAAUCCUGGCCAUGGUUAAAGACGAGACAACCUUCAACCACUUGUACGACUUUCUACGGGCAUCGUCAACCAUUCGACAGAAACAUUUCCAGAUUGGAGCUGAUGACAUUGCUGUUGAAGGUUCUCUCAGAUGGGCAGACGGCUCCCCAGUGACGUGGACUAACUGGGCACAAGGGGAACCUUCCCACGACACAGAACGCUGCACGUCGAUGGCUUGGUUCUACUACUUCAAGUGGAAUGACAUUCCUUGUAGUCAUCCCGUGGGCUUUCUUUGCCAGAUCAUCAAACCAUAACACACUGAAUCACUACCAGAUAAUCUACCUGUAACAUUGAUUCAGUCUUGUGUAGUUUAACCACUAACACUGUUCUAUUAGAUGUUUAACCAGAUCCAUUCAAGCAUACCUGAUGUUAUUAAAACAUAUUAAAGAUAAAAUGUAUUAAAAUCUAACAGACUGUA